AGAGUGGUAGCUUUCUCAUGAAUGUAACCUGCCCACGCAACAGUGGUAGUACAAGGUAUAAGUUGUUGUCUUGUGCCGCUUCCCACACGUCGCAAAUCUACAGUGCUGCCGGUUCCUACACGUGGCAGUUCGUGCUUGUAAUUACGGCAAAGAUGUGGUCGGCGAUUACUCAAGUGCUCCUUGCCUCAAGCGUUGUCCUGCCUGCCUUGUGCCAGAACAGCUCUACAACUUCGAACUUGACCGCUCCAGUCAAUCCUUUCACCGUUUACACUCUGACUGCAGAAAACAUCACUGCCAAAUUCAUUCCGUAUGGUGCUCGGCUCACCUCCCUGCUCGUGCAAGACCGUGAUGGCAACUACCAGGAUGUCGCUGUGGGAUACGACGACCCUACUCGAUAUCUCAGAGACACGGAAACAAAUCACACCUACUUUGGUCCCGUAGUUGGACGCUACGCCAACCGUAUCAAGAACAGCACAUUCACUCUCAAUGGUCAGACUUAUCAUAUACCCGCGAACGAACACGCGGGUGCCGACACCCUUCACGGUGGUACUGUCGGAUAUGAUCAGCGGAAUUGGACCGUCGUUACCGCUUCAGAGUCAAGCAUCACGUUCAGUCUGCUCGAUACAGGCUUCCAGGGAUUUCCCGGCACUGUCUUGACCACGGCCACCUUCUCGCUGUCGAGCUAUCCUAGUGGGCCGCAAGGGCAGAUGCGUCCACGGUUGACAAGCAAUAUGGUGUCAUCUGCGCUGGACCAGGAGACGCCCAUCAUGUUGGCCAACCAUAUAUAUUGGAAUCUGAACGCGUUCAAGCGGUCCACGAUCCUCAAUGAUACCACUUUGUGGAUGCCGUACGCAGACCGGUACAUUCUUAUCGACUCAAUCGAAAUUCCAACAGGUGCCCUGGGGUCUGUGUCAGAUUUACCGAACUUAGACUUCACGACGCCCAAGCUUGUGGGCAACGCGAUCAGCAAUGCCACCGGAGUCUGUGGCGCAGGAUGCACGGGAGUUGAUAACGCUUUCAUCCUCGACAGACCGGCCAAUGCAGGCCCGACAUCUUCCAACUAUCCCGUACUGUCUUUGUGGUCCGACACCACUGGCAUACAAAUGGAUGUCUCCACCAACCAGCAAGGUCUGCAGAUAUACACAUGCAAUGGUCAGAAUGGCACAAUACCGGUCAAGCAGAGCCAGCAGCAGAGGAACAACGGUACCUCCGAUGCUGCCAAGUUUGUCAACAAGUAUGGUUGUAUGGUCAUCGAGACCCAGGCUUGGAUUGAUGGUAUCAAUCACCCCGAAUGGGGUGUCAAUGACUAUGAGAUUUUUGGUCCCACGACUGGUCCAGCGAUCAACUAUGCAACUUAUGAUUUCUCAACAUUUUGAGAGUCAGUCGGUGGCCGGCAAAGGUAAAGAGAACGUGCAGAGGGCAAAAUGUGGUUGUCUGACAUAAUAUUUGGGGAAGAUCUCAUAGUAGAGUAAUGCAAAACUAUCAAAUAA